GUAUGCACAUUUAACAUAUUUAUUCUGUUUAAAUCUUAAUUAAUCAAUGCAUUCACGAGCUAAAUUAUGAUAUAUGUUUUUUUUUUCUAUACCAUCUAGCUAGGCUGUGAAUGAUUAAUACACAAUCAUAUAUUCUAUGGAUUUUUUUGGUUGGGAGAUGAAUCCAGCCUACGCUGACCGGUGGAGUGAUGAAUUCUGCAACCAAGACAAGUUCGAGAUCAACGAGCUCCAGCAGAUUCUUCUUGCUUCAUCAAGAACAAGCUCCGAUGUCGGCAGAGCAAUCAACGGUGAGUCAUCUGUCGAUAAUUUGUCGCAGUGCCAUGAAGGAGCGACGGCCGUGUUGGGUCCUGAUUCUGCUCUCUUGAGGUCGGAAGUGGGCGGCCGGAAACAAAUCUCCGACGACGAUAUUUCGGUGAUAUUUUCGAGCUGCAAAAGCGGCAACAUUUCCUCUGAGGGCUCAUCCAAGUUGAGCCCGGCGGAAGAUGCGGCUUCUUGUUCGAGAUCAUCGUCAUACGCCGCCGCCGCCGCCGGCUGCGGCGACAAGAGAAAGUUGGAUCAAGAAACCAAGCCCCCCAUGCACAUCAUUAGUUUCGCCAAGAGACGGAGGGCCGGGAAGUGCAGCUGGGAGAAUGCCAGUUCGACGACCAUAGACUUCGCUCAGAGCGCGGAAUUCGAGCCCGACGAGGAGGUGAUCAUGCAAGUGAAGGAGAUGAUCUACCGGGCGGCCGCGCUUAGGCCGAUUUGCCUGGCGGCAGCCGCGGCGGCGGAGAUGAAGCUGCCGAGGAGGAAGAAUGUGAGGAUAUCAAGCGACCCGCAGACAGUGGCCGCGAGGCAAAGGAGGGAGAGGGUGAGCGAGAGGUUGAGGGCCCUGCAGAGGCUGGUCCCGGGGGGAGCCAAACUGGACACUGCGUCAAUGCUCGAUGAGGCUGCCAACUAUCUCAAGUUCCUCAAAGCUCAUGUUCAGACCUUAGAAACCCUAGAUUAUUACUCCAGGUUCCAUCCCCAGUACCAUGAUCACGCACCACCUUUUCCACUGCCUCUGAACCUCCAAGCUUUUCCCAUGCAAAGCCGCUUCACCCUGCUCCACCCAAAACCCUGAAUAUCAUUAUGCCUUCAUCAUUAGCUUAGGGUUUAGGGCUCACAUUCCUUCAUUUAAUUUUCUCACUUAGUAAUUAAACACACACUUUGGAUUCUGAACGACCCAAAAGAUUGAGGAAAGAAAGUCACUUUAAUUACCAGCUUUGAGUGCCCCUUCAUCCGAUGCAAACCCUAAACCAGGAUUAUAUGAUAGAGUCAUGAGUGCCUCCUUUCUGCUUCCUUUAGGGAGCAUGGCAUCAGCUUUAAUUAAUCCAUCCUUUUGAGGCAUGAGAGAAUCACGCACGACGUACACCUAAUUAGAUUAAGAGCCCAAGGAGGUACUUAAGAGAAUAUUAUGACUAAUUACAUUAAUUUUGGUAGACUUUGGAGCUAGCCAGAGACAUUAUAUUCUCUUUGGGUCAGAGUAAGUGGCAGAGAGGAAUGUCAUGUCCCCUUUAGUUACAGCCAAGCGUGCCCUUGAGAAGGCCACCAAAAUGUUGGAAGCACAUGGUGGACAUAUCAUAAAGGACACACCUUUAAUCCAAUCUACCUUUCUCAAGUCAUCAUCUUAAAUUUAGUGGAAUAAUUUAAUGGGCUCUGGAUUCUCUAGCAACCUUUAAUUUGUUGGAGAUGGUGCGAGAUAACUUUUGAUGUGAUAGAAAGAAACAACAAUUUUGAUGUGCAAAUUGGCCUUACUACCUGGAUAGGAAGUAUUAA